AACGAGAAGUACAACCAAGCAAAAAGAAAGAGAAACCAAUAUGUGCAUAAAACUGCAUGGUAGUGAUGAAGUCGUGCAUUGGUGGUCGACCGUCUUCGAUACCGUUUCUGUCUUCAUCAUCAUGUGUUCUCUGCGUGAGUAAACAAAACACAACAAAUUGAUUUAUAAAUAAAUACAAGAACAAUAAAUAAAGUGAAAGAAAAUAAUAAUAAAAGGUUAACCUUCAAAAAAGAAGAAAGCAAAAAACUCAACAGGAGGUCUUCAUCUCCCGGAGAAACCACGAAUUGAAACCUAUUGCAGAAAAUGUUAGCUGAAUCCAACAAUAAAUGCAUCAAAAAUAAACAUUUUUUAAAUAUAAAGCAACAACAAAACAAAAACAAAGAAAAAAACGAACCUUACUACAACUGCAUCAUUAACAGUCAUAACAACAGAAGUAAAAAUAAUUAUCCCAAUCCAAUUUUUAGCAGCAAAAGCAUAAAUUAUGUUUUAAGCAGAAAUCGCGUGUGCUGUUAUGAAAGACUAAAUACAAACAUUUAUGUAAAUAAAAUAAAUGGCCGCAAAUUGUUGUUAAAUGAUAAGACGACAAUUGCGACGGAAUAUAGUAAAUUAUAAUUUAUAAAAAUACAAUAUUAAUAACUUAUCAUUUUCGUGGGUUGUAACGUCGUUCUUCGGAAAAUUUUAUAUUCGUAAACGAAGAAAGGCAUACAAUUUGAAAGGAAACAAAAUUCCCUUAUUCCACUUUAAAAAGAAUAUCAUCAUUAAGUUAUUUUCCAAUUUUUGAAUUAUUUAAAUAAAGUUACGAAAAUAACAAAAACAAGGAAAUUAUAAAGCAAACAAAAGUUUUGUAUGUGUGUACGUGUACUUAUUAUAAUUAUACAUACAAUAAGUGAAAAUCUAGGCAAAGAUAUUUAAAAUAAAAAAGCUUAGUUUUUAUGAAAGGGUUCAUAUGUGUUCAAGUCAAAACUAAAAACUAGCUCGUAAAUUAUUAAAAUAUAAACAAAAAAAAAACGACAAGCGAAACAAUCGAAGUUUUCAAAACAACACAUAAAUUGUUUUUAAACUGAAACAGUAAAUUUAAAUCAUUAAAGAAGAGUAAAAAAAUAAAAGUAUUCGAAGAAUUCCAAAACACACAACUCAAUUGGAUUGAAAUAAGAAAAAUCAAAAGCCUUCUUUACAGUAACGAAACCAUAAGCAAUAUUUUUAAAUAUAGUUCCAAGCAAAACUUAAAUAAUAUUCAAAAAACAAAAUGGUCUCCCGUUAUGUGGCGAACUAUAGCAUAUCUAGUAUUUCUGCAACAUCGGGAGGCGGGGGUGGAGGAAAUGGUACAAAUCAAGGGCAUCCAGUAGGAGCACCAGUGCCACUAAGUGUGGCAAUGGCUGCAACAGUACCUCAAUUGACUGUGAUACAACAACACCAACAACAACAACAGCAGCAGCAACAACAACAACAGCAGCAACAACAACAGCAACACCAACAUCAACAACAUCAGCAGCACCAACAACACCAACAUCAUCAACAGCACCAACAAGCACAACAACAACAGCAAGCAGCUGUUGCACAUCACCACCAACAACAGCAGCAACAACAGCAAAUUGUCACAUCCUCCGGAACACACCAACAACUCGUGCUCAAUGGAGGAGGUGGUGGGAAUGGAUCUGCCGGUGGGCAACAUCAAGCUCAAGUGCAAUUAUCACAUUCUCCACAUCAACAGCAAGCUGAAUUCCACCCAGUUGUUCAGCAGCAGUGCCUAAUGCAUCCUGCAGCGGCAGCAGCAGUAGCGGCAGCAGCGGCGGCAGCUGCGGCUGCUGCGGGGGCACCUGGCCAACCAGGUCCAGGGCAAAUUCCACAUUACCGUUUUAUACACCCGCGAUCAGAUGGUUAUGUAGCAGCAUCAUCGGCGGGUUUUCAAGCACCCCCACAGACUGGGCCAUCACCACACCAAGGUCCACAAACAGUUUUACGCGGCAUGCAAUCAACAGCACCGCCAACACCUCCACAAUCAGAUCUGAGCAAGAUGCAACCGCCUCCGCAGCAACAAAUGUUUGCACCUGCAACCGUUAACAACUCCACCGGAAAUGUACGUACGAAUCCACAGAGUGGCAUAUUCCGUGGUGGUGCUGCCGCUUCGGCAGCACCACGAGGUAAUGGACGACAUGUAUCAGCCGCCAUUCAACAAAUGUAUCAACAACCAAUUCACCAGUCAGUUGUUAUGCCGACAUACCAGUCGUUUGCAACUAGGCAACCAGCCUACCCACAGGCACCAUCAUUUUCCUACACACAACCACUACAAACAAGCUACACCUACCCAUAUCAAUAUUUUACACAAAAUUCUAUGAUUCCGGCGGGCGCUCAGACUCAUCAACGGGGUCAUUCGGGUGUUACCAGUGCUAUACCGGUACAACCCGGUCCAAACGGACCUAUGGGUGGUCCAAAUGGUACACAGGGUCAAAUUCCAACUGUCUUAACAUCAACUGUGGCCGGUUCCACUGCAGUUCUCGGUGUAGCACCGGUAGGUCAACAGUCGGUUCAAGCGAUGGGCUGCAAUAAUCAGCGAAAAAAACGUCGACAUGCAUUAGAAAUCAUCCAUCCCGAAACACACAAAAACAUUUUAGAUGAAUUAGAUAUUCCAAAGUCUGGAACAAACACCGAUUUAAACUACCAGGAUCAGUUAACAAUGGAUGCGCCUGUAGCUGAUCUGGCAAUGAUUGCCGCGGUAUCUGGAGUCCCUCAGGACUUGAGUGAUACAAGUAAAGGAAUGACGGGAAUUCCGUAUAAUAUAGACAUAAUGCAACGUUCUAUGCCAACAUGUACAGUCAACGAUGCUAUGGGUAAAACACCGAUUGUUUCGGCUAGGUCAGAUGCACCAUCAGUCGAAAUACGUCCAACUCCUCCGCCAAAGCGAAAAAACAAAUCAAUUCCAAUAAUUGCACCGCCUGAUCACAAAGAAAACAACCCUCAAAAUGCUAAACCAACUGAUGAAUCACUAACUAAUAAAGCAAUACAAGUUACUGAUGUUAUUGAAUCUUCUUCAACUGUUGAUCAAUUAUCUGUGAUUUUGCCGGGAACGAAUUCAACAACAUCAACACCACGCAACCAAAUAAAAACUACACCAACUGCUGCACCACUCCAACAAGAAACAAUUCAACAAGAUAAUUCAACAACAGCCACAGCUGACUUAGAAAAUUCAAGUUGUGAAAAAGAAUUAAUAAGUAGUGUUCAACAAAAUUCUCCUGAAACCUCCACGGUCGCAACUGAAACGUCAUCCUCGAAACAGGAAAAUAGUAAUAGUUUACCAACAACAGCAUCUUCAUCACCAACAUCCACUUUAUCGACUUUGUCUUCAUCUUCAUCGGCAACAUCAAUUACAUCGUCUUUAAUACAAAAAUCAUCUUCCAGCGAGAUAAAUGAUAAUUCAAUAGUUUCCACGUCUAAAAUAACAACAACGGAAAGGAUAAUACUCCCUGAGAGGGUCAGUGAUCCAGCGAAAUCAACUACUCUAGCUAAUAACGAAAUUAAAAUAGCAAAUCCAAAAUCAUCGGACAAGAAGAGCAUGAAACUAAGCGAAAACGAAGUUAACCCAACAGCAGUUAAUGUAAACACACAAACAAUGUCGUCCGAUGAACUGCAGCAGCAAUCCGAAACACUAGUUUCUACAAAUUCAGUAGAAGGAACGAUGAUGACAAAUGGCAAGGAAGAUGCCGUUGAGCAGAAGACUCUUCAAGAGGAAAUCCUUAAUAUAAAUUAUAAGAUAGAUACAUUAAACGAUAGUUUAGAUAAAAAUCUUAAUAAUAUUAACAGUAGUAAUAGCAGCAGUUCCAAUAAUAUUAAUAACAAUAACAACAUUAGCACAAGUAAAAAGACAUCAACUGACGAAACGGAUCGAAGUGUAGCGGCGUCGCAAAUUGCUGCUAAUACUCCUGUGUCCAAAUCGUUAACAGAUAAGCCAAUGAUAGAUCUUGUCAACAAUAACUCCAACUCAAAAGUAACAACCGCCACUCCUGCAAAAACAAUACCAACAACAGCUGAAUCGACUGAAAUCGCCAACAAUAGUAGUAGUCAAGUAGUUAGUGAGAGCAAUAAUAACAUUAAACCCUCAAAAACACCAGAGCUUCCUGAUAAAGUUGCGAAGGCAACACCAACCCUCAAUGGGGAAGGUGGAAUUGUUGAUUCAGGUACCUCUGCAACUGAAGAUAGUAGCAGUAAUAAAAAAGAAAAGAUUGUAUCACCGGGCAAAACCAAACCAACUACUGAACAAUCCGCAGCUAUACAAGCAGCAAUUCAAUCCUUGAUUAAUUACAACGAAGGACAAUGGUCACCACAGAAUCCUACCGGAAAGAAGCAGUACGAUCGCGAUCAAUUGAUGCAAUUGCGAGAGGCUAAAGCAUCUAGACAAACGCCCAAUGUGAGCACGAUAAAUGCAUCGAUUCUUCCAGACUCUCAGCCCAAUUUGAUGCCGUCUUUUGUUCGUAGCAAUAAUAAUAACAAACGUGUUCAGUCAAUGGGUGGAAUCGGCUCCAUGGGUGAUCGAUCUGUAAUAAAUAUUUGUGGUAGUGUUGGUGGUAUGGGAGGUGGUGCUGGAUACAAUAACAAACAGGCAUCAAUGUCAGGUGUAAAUAACCGUAAUAACAAGGGAAGCACCAAAGGCAGUAUCUACCGUAUAAACUUGUCGCUAAAUCAAGACGUGAAACUAAACGAGACUGACAAUGCGUGGCGACCACGUCAACUUGCUCCCGAAGCUGGAGAUGGUUUACAUGAUAGUGAAGAAUUAAAACGACGUGUCCGUGGAAUUCUAAAUAAAUUGACGCCAGAAAAAUUCGAUACUCUGGUGGAGCAAAUUAUAAAACUUAAGAUCGACACAAACGAAAAAGUCAACGACGUCAUGGAACUAGUCUUUGAAAAGGCUAUUGAUGAGCCAAAUUUUUCAGUUUCUUAUGCACGUCUAUGUCAAAGACUUGUCGACGAAGUUAAAGCACGUGACACAAUUGAAAGUGGCACCAGGUCGAAUUUAAUACAAUUCCGGACAUCAUUGCUUGACAAAACAGAACAUGAAUUCAUUGAAAAUGUCGCCAAACGUGAGGCAAAAGAAAAUAUUCUCCAACCGAUUUUAGAUAAAAUUCGUGAUUGCAAAGAUCCAGUUGAGAAACUUGAAUUGCAGGCUCAAUUGGAAGAUGAAGAACGUAAGAUACGUCGUCGCUCAGGUGGUACUGUUCGAUUUAUUGGUGAACUAUUUAAGAUUUCAAUGUUAACUGGAAAAAUUAUAAACUCUUGCAUUGAUUUGUUGCUCAAAGCCAAGUCUGAAGAUCAAUUGGAGAGUCUGUGCAAAUUGUUGACUACAGUUGGUGAGAAGUUCGAAAAGACUCCACAGAGCAAGGAACCCAACGUUUUAUAUAAUUUGGAUAAUACAAUGAAGAAAAUGCAGGCCAUUGUCUCAAAAACGGACAAAGAGGGAGCUAAGGUAACCAGUCGUGUGCGAUUUAUGUUGCAAGAUGUAAUAGAUUUACGUACACGCAAAUGGGUUUCGACACGUGGCGAUACACCAAAGACUAUGGAUGAAAUUCAGAAACAAACCAAGACCGAACAAAUGUCAACUCAGUACAUUAACUAUAGUAAUAUAAUGUCCAGCAGUGGUGGAGGUGGUAACAGUGGAGGUGGUGGAGGCGGAGGCAGCAUGAAAAAAGAUGAUCGCCGAUUUGCCGAUCGUGGUAAUAAUUCUUAUAGCAAUAAUCGUGAUGGCAGUCGAGGUGGUGGUCGCAAUGAUGAUGGUGGAUCAAUGCGACGAAAUCAAAAUCAAAGCGGUGGUAAUAGUAUGGGUGGCAAUGUAAACACCUCCAAUAACAGUGAUGAUACCUGGCAUCAUGUGCAGACAGGAAAAGGCAACCGAUCGAUUGGUGCUGUUGACACCAAUAAACUUGAACCGAUGCUCAAUGAUUUAGAUAUGGGAACUAAGAAGAUGGGUGGUCUGCAACAGUUCCUGUGGAACAGUAGUGGAGGUCAGUCGCGGACUCAAUCAACAGCUUCCAAUUCGUUCGCUGUAUUAUCCACAUUGAUUGACUCAAAGAGUAACAAUGAUCGCAAUGACCGAAAUGACCGAAAUGACAGAAAUGACAGAAAUGAUAGAAAUGAUAGAAACGAUCGUGGUGGUCCAAGAAACAAAAAUUCAUAUAACAAAAACUCAAUGGAAAGAGAUCGAUAUGACCGAGGUGUUCAUUCCCAUGGUGGCUCAGCGCAUGGAUCUCGAGAAAGUUCUUCGUCCCGUAACAACCCAGGUCGUGGUAUGAUGAAUGCUUCGAACAUGCAAAAAUCAGCUAGUCAUAACAAGAAUUAUCAAUCAAUGGCUCCUAGAAUGCAACCUAAGAUGGGAUUACCUUCAUCUUCAUCAUCACACCAACAGCAGAUGGCUUCAAAUAAUAAUUCGAGCACAUCAACAACAUCAAAUGCAACACCUGCAGAUGUCGAAUAUGAAUCACUUGCUGUUGCCCCACGAGCUGUUUUCGAUGAACCUACCAAAGAAGAAGAAACAGCUAUGAAAUCGGCAAUCUCAGAUAUGAUUGAAGCUGCUGCCAAUGCAAAAACUCUGAAUUCAGUCAUAUCAUGCUUGACAAAAUUCAAAGAAAAUUUGCGUUCAUAUUUUUUGUUUAUGAUUCUAUCCGAAUAUUUGCAUUUGGUUAACGUCGGCCAAUUACAACGUCGUUAUGCUGCCAAUAGUAUAGCAUAUUUCAUCAAGCGAAAUUACAUCAGUAUCGCACACUUUAAAUUGGCUUACAAGCAAUUGGGAGAAUUUGUCUGCGACCUUAUACUAGAUGUACCCUAUUUUUGGACUAAUAUUUUUGAAUUCGCAGGUCCAUUAAUGACUAACAAAAUAAUUACCAUAAAUGAUUUAUGGAACCAAGAUUUAGCCGAGCAAAGGCAAGGAGUUACUUUCCUUAAGAGUUUCCUUAAAUAUUCCACACGUGAAAUAGGGCCAAAUUUCACUCGUGCCACGUGGAAGAGUUCAAAACUAAACUGGACUGAUUUUAUGCCCGAGUCUGAUGUUGACAACUUUAUUAAAACAAAUAAACUUGAAUUUUUGGAAGAUGAAUCAGCGAAACCGCACAUUGUUGUCACAGAAGAUAAAAUUAAAUUUAAUGAGAAAAUUAUAGAACGUGUAGAUCAAUUGCUUAAAGAUAAAGCUUCAGUUGAAUCUAUAAUCGAUUACCUUAAUGGAAAUGUAUCUGAACUUGAUAAAACGUUAACACGAGCACUAACAACUUCCAUUUGCAAUUAUGCGAUUGCCUUCAAAGAGGGUACAUUUAAAUUAGAAUUAACAACGUUUCAAAAGACUUGCAUACCUAUACUGACACGUCUUUUGGAUUCAAAAGAACAACUAGAGCUCGAGGCUCUGUUUGCAAUGCAGUUACUAUGUAAUCGUUUGGAACAUCCUAGAGGCCUUUUAAGUGAAUUAUUUGGCGAGUUGUAUGAAGCUGAAGUUAUACAACAAGAAGCUUAUAUUAAAUGGCGAGAUUCGAAAGAAGAGGCCCUAGCUGGCAAAGGUGUAGCCGUUAAAGGAUUGAAUCCUUUCUUUAAUCAAUUACUUAGUGGUGAAACGAGUGAUGAAGCUAAUUAACAUAAAAUUCAAUUGUGCUUAAGUGUCUCGUAUCUCUACUAAGAAUAAAAUAUAAACUAAAAUUACUUUAAAUAAAAAAAAUAAGAAUAAAAACAAAAUCAUGAUACAUUAUUCGAUAUUUGAAAGCGAAAAAUAAAACAAAUAUUCACAUCCUUUUCACAUACAUAAACAUAACGGUAAACCAACACAUAACCAUCCUCUUAUAUUUAUAAAAUGAAUAACUAAUUGAAUAAUUUGAUAAAAAAAAAAUAAUUUUAUCGCGAUUUAUUAUUAUUCAAAACAAAAACUAGAAAAUGUACCUCUAUGUAACGAAAAUGGAUAUAGAGACUAUGUAAUGAAAAUGGAUAAAGAUUAUGGUGGAAACAAGAACAUAACUCUAAUUAUUAUAUAUAACUUAUAACAUAGAUUCGCAGGAGCUCAUCCUUUUUUUUUUUAUUAAUGUUUUGUUUUAUUUUUGUAAUAGAAUUAUUUGUUUUUUUUUUGUUAUACUUAAUUUUAAGAAUGAAAGAAAAAGAAGUUUAUAUUUUCAAUUUUAAUCGAAUCGAGUGAAUAUAUACAGAAGAUCAGUUUUUAUUAUUAUUAUUAUUGCUCUAGUUAGGGAAAUGUAUUAAAUAUGUUAAUUUAAAACAAUUUUUAUCACAGACACAGAAUAUGAAUAUUUUGUGAGCGUUACACUAAAUAAAAUUGUAAAUAAAACGGAAAAUAUAAUAAAAAAUGCUCUGCUAAAAAAAAAAAACAAAAAAAAAACAAGAACAAUUAAUUCCGCUGCUCUAACAGAAGGUGAAUUAAUGUAGAGAUUUACAUGUCGCGAAGGACGUUAUGUUUUUAAUUUUUGUAUCAUAUUUUUGUUCGGUUUUUUCUCACUAAGAAUAGAUAAAAAAUUAAAAAAAAAGCAUUACAAUAUGUUGCUGCAGAAUAAAGUAAAAAUUAUAUAUAUAUACGUAUGUAUAUAUAUGUUGGUAUGAGUUGUUUAUUUUUAAUGUGGCAGAAAUUAAUAUUUCCAUUUACAAAGGAUGUGGAAAUAGUGACUUAUGCCACGACUCAUAUAGACGCAUAUAUAUGUAUGCAACUUGUUAAAUGUGAGCCUGGUGCAAAUUUUAAUAAUUAAGUUUACUGCAUUUUUGAUUUUGGUUAUCGGGUAUUUCGUUUUAUUAAAAGAAAUAAAAAUAUUUUAUUUAUUUUGUUGUAUUAAAAUAAUAAAGUAGAUCUUUUCUUUUUCAAAUAUAUACAAAUAAACUGAAUGAAGAUAUAAAUGACUAUGUCUUUUUAUGUAAAUAGCUUUGUAAAAUAAAACAAUAUAAAACUUUGUGUUAAAAACUUAAAAAAAAAAAGAAAAUAUCGAAAAAGUAAAAAAAAAAAAAAAACAUUACAGCGAGGUUGGCAAAAAAACAACAGUUUCGUUCUAUAUUUUAUUAUUUUAUGACUUCUACAAUAUUUGAGAGAAACAAUAAAAUAGUAUUAUAUUUAUAUUUUUGUAAAAUAUUUUAAAUUUUGAGUAAAUAAGAAAAAAAGCAAUGCCUACACACCUACAUAAAAUAAAUCGACGUCUUAAAAUCUUGAGCUUAAUUAAAAUAUCGUCAUUAGACAAAGACGUUCGAAAAAAUCGUUUAUAUUUUAUUGAAAAUUGGAAAACUGUAUUCAUAGAUAAUAUUUUUUUGGACCCGUUUUCGACACGUUUUUUUUAACAAUGGCCUAACAUAAUUGUAAAUUUGUUUCACUUUAACAUAACUUCAAUUCGGAAUUACCAAACCAAUAUUAAUAAAAGGUGGGUCAACAAAGUA